CCACACUUCCAGGAAAUGUGGGUGAGAGCCUUCCUGUGGUGCGGGCUGGUGAGUCGCCCAACCAGGCCAAGGCUGCUCUCAGUCCUCACUCCUUUCUUCCUGUGCUCUUCUGUCACUAAGGAGAGGACUGCAGCUUCCAGCUCACCAGGUUUGUUCAUGAUUAUGUUUUCCAUCAUCUCAAUUGAGUUCUUUGGGUUGGAAGCAGUGGAGUCCGGAUAUCUGAUGUCCUAUUUUGGUGUCCUUCAGAUGGUUGUCCAAGGCCUGGUCAUUGGAAAACUCACAAGCCAUUGCACGGAGCAGACCCUGCUCAGAUUCAGCAUCCUCCUCUUUGCUGGCGUGGGGCUGGGCAUGGCCCUGAUGAGGACUGUAUGGCAUUACUGCAUCAUCGUGGUGCCGCUGGUAUUUGCCUUCAACGUGCAGGGCACCAUCACUGAUAGCAUCCUCACCAAGGCUGUGCCCUCCUCUGACACCGGGGCCAUGCUGGGGAUCUGUGCUUCUGUCCAGCCCUUGACGAGGACGGUUGGCCCAACCCUCGGUGUCAUUUUGUACAGGCAGUUUGGAGUCUCCUCCUUCGGCUACUUGCAGCUCAUUGUCAACGCUGGUUUGUUUGUUUAUCUCUUAAAGAGGAAAAGCCCACUGAGAGAGACAAAAAGCCACUAAUUCACGAAAGCUGCCUCUUCCUUUUUUUCCACAGAAAUAAAGAAAGCAAUAUUGUUGUGUA